GCACGGUUGACAAACAUUCAGUGGAAGUCACCAACUGUUUCUCCGUUCCUCACAAUGAAUCAGAAGAUGAGGUGGCAGUUGACAUGGAAUUUGCCAAGAACAUGUAUGAACUGCACAAGAAGGUUUCUCCCAGUGAGAUCAUCCUCGGAUGGUAUGCCACAGGGCAUGACAUCACUGAGCACUCCGUCUUAAUCCAUGAAUAUUACAGUCGGGAAGCACACAAUCCAAUUCACCUCACUGUGGACACCAGCCUACAAAACGGGCGGAUGAGCAUCAAGGCCUACGUCAGCACUGCGAUGGGAGUCCCUGGUAAGACGAUGGGCGUGAUGUUCACCCCGCUCACCGUGAAGUACGCCUACUACGACACCGAGCGGAUAGGCGUGGAUCUCAUCAUGAAGACGUGCUUCAGCCCGAGUCGGGUGAUUAGCUUGUCCAGCGACCUCCAGCAAGUGGGGGCAGCAUCUGCCCAAAUUCAGGAUACCCUGAGCACAGUGCUGCAGUACGCAGAAGACGUCCUGUCUGGCAAAGUGGCUGCUGACAACGCCGUGGGCCGCUUCCUGAUGGACCUUGUGAAUCAGGUUCCAAAGAUUCCACCGGAGGACUUUGAGACGAUGUUGAACAGCAAUAUUAAUGAUCUGCUGAUGGUGACUUACUUGGCAAACCUCACCCAGUCACAAAUUGCACUCAAUGAAAAAAUCCUAAACCUAUAAUAAAUUCUUAGGAAUCUUACAACUGGAGUGCAUAAAAAAACUGGAGUUCUAAUCAAAA